AGCGUUCGCCAUUGGUCCUUUCCCAUAGAUCUAUAUAUAUCCUGAUCUAUAAUAAUAAUGAAUUAGACUAGAUCUACUAGUGAUCUAGAUUCUAAAUUCUAGCUAGAUCUAUCUAUAUCUAGAAUAUAUACUAGUCUAAAUCUAGAACCUAUCGACAAAAACUAAUAAUGUUUGAUGCAGUUAAAAGAAAUUACAUUAAAAUAUUAUUUCCACUGACUGCAUUUUGCUUAUGCCUUAGCUUAUAUCAUAAUUAUACAGUUAUUCCUAUGCCUGAUAGCAACAAUGGCAAUGAUUUAUGUAUCAUUGGAAAAGAUAGACUUUUUGUCAAUAAGGAUAAUGAACAAAAUCUUAGCAGGCAGUGGUGGGAAUGGGCUUGUCUUUUAGAAAAGGAGUGGGACAAAGGAGCUGAAUACUCUUGUAAAGACAUAAAGUUGAUUGGAAACUAUAAAAUUUGUUUUGAUGAGCCUUAUAAACCAAGUCCACCAUGUUUGGUUUAUUCUUUUGGAAUUGAUAAUGAUUUCCGUUUUGAUGAUGCCAUGGCAGAAAUUGGUUGUGAAGUUUUCUCUUUUGAUCCCAGCAUGGGGGUAGAAGAUCAUCAGCGUUCAGAAAGAGUUCGAUUCCUAAAUUUAGGUAUAGCAACUUUUGAUUCUGAUAACUUUAUGCCUCUCAUGGAUGGCUAUACUUUAAAUUCAAAGAAAACAUGGAAGAUUAGAACAUUAUCUUCUAUAAAAAAAAUGCUUGGCCACGAAAAGAGAGCUCUGGAUAUUUUGAAGAUUGAUGUUGAAACCUAUGAAUGGGAAAUAAUGAAAGAUCUUGUAAAAAAUGGAUCCCUGCAAUCAGUUAAACAGUUAACAUUGGAGUGGCACAUCUUUGCUAAUGAGCCAAUGAGAACAGAGUUUCCCAACAUGUAUGGAACAUAUAUGAACCUGAAAAAAAUAGGAUUUCAACAAUUUUAUUCCAGCUAUUGGGCUCGGUAUCACACCUUUCAAUAUUUUAACUCUCAAGAGGAUAACUCUUUAGUCAAUACUCAGUUUAAGUUGUAAACAGUUGACAUAUUUGUUUUUGAUUAAUUUUUGCCAACAUAUGUGUUUCAGUCUUGCAAAAAGCUCAUUUUAAGUUGUUCAGAUUUCAUACAUGAGUUGCACUUUAAAACAAUUUUAAAAAAUUACGUGAUAUCUUUAUAUAUAUUUUUUACAUAUUAGUUUUUUUUUAAAUUACAUCUAGUGUUAAGAUAUAUUUUUGGGGGCUCUAGGAUUUGCAUACAUAUCAUGUACUGUUCAAUAAAAAAAAUUUCUGCUUAAAUAAGAUCUGAAACAUCAUCAAAUAUUCAAUCAUCACUUUUGGUCUUUAUAUAUUUUCUUAGAACUUAAAUUUUCUUAACAGCUGCAUUUAUUUUUAAACUUGUUGAUUUUAAACAUUUAAGUUUUAUUUAUCUAAAUAUAUUUUUUGUUUGUAUACAUUGAACCAAAAUCUGAAACAGCAUUUUCAUUCUGGCAUUUAUUUCAUUUUAAAAUUUGAUCAUAAUGCCAAUAAGUGACAUUGAUCUAACCAAUGAAAUUUAUGUAUUUGUUGUACACAUUACAGUUUCAUUGUUAUUUCGGUCCCAAUAUUCUUGUUCAACUCAUUUGUUUUCAUUGGUGAUAUAUUUAGUUUAAUUCUUAGAAAGUAUUUAUAUUUGUUCCAUGGGGCUUAAUCCAAUUAUUGUUUUUUUAGGCUAACACAACUCAGCCUUUAUUUUCCCUGGCAGAAUACUUGAUGGGAUCUGGAUUGUUCUGAAAUAACUAGUCAAAAUCCCGUUCUUCACAAAGACUUCAACCCUUUGAAGCUUUGGCAUGGUAACUAAAAUCUCAAACACACAUCCCUUAUUGAUAUAUAAUAUAUAUAUAUACUGAAUAUUCUUAAUUGCCCUGACUGACUCAUUACUAAUUAUCCCACCUGCGGUGAAUUAAAAAAUAUGAAAAUUUAACCAGUUUACUUAUUAAACUUUUUUUUCCAUACAUUUCUCCUUGGUGCUUAUCUUAAUUUUGUAGACAUUUAAUAAAUUUUAUUUUUGUCAUAUGAAGCCGACAUUGAAUAAAUAAAUGUUUUUGUGUGUAAAAAUUUAUAAAAAAAUCAAAUUGAAAUGUAUGUGUAACUAUAUUAUUUUGUGUGUUGAGGGUGGCGGUAAAAAAAAAAGAUAAUAGAAUUCUUGGGUGAGGAAGCAUUACGAUGCCAGAGUUAUAACAAAUAAAGAGGUCCAACCAAAAGCAUUAUAAAGCUUAUGAAAUACUUACAUAUUGAAUUAAGAAGCUGAAGAAAAGGCAAUGAUUGUAUAUAAAAUAAUUUUUUUUUAGGGGUGGUGACAGGGAAAGUUAGAAAUGUGAAACUAGCAUUUUUACUAUGUGUUAGUGUGUGUGAGGUCAUUGUAAUUCAAUGUUCCUUUCAGACCUUGUGAUCUAUAGGGCAGAUAAUGUUAAGGUCAUCCGUUUCUUCGUCCAAUAGUUAAAGAGCAGGGUGUCAUGUCAUUAUUAGUCAUUAUUGACAUAUACCUUUGGUAUAUAUUAAGGAUAAGACGGUUUCUCUAGAUUGAAAGUUGGACAUUAAAAUGUUCAACAAAAACAAUACCCAGUAUUGCUGGUACUUGAUUGAUUGCUUAUUCAAAGAUAUAACCAAAUUGUAGAAACUAUAUUUAUGAAAUGUCCUAGAAAUUUUUAAAAUAAAUGGCAUAUCUUUUUAUACAUGCACUGCUUAGUGAAAGGUGUGAUCUAGUCUGUUACCUCUAGUCAAUAAAAACCUAAAAACUUAUUGGCCAUUUAAGGUUCGAGAUAAUGACUUAUUUUCAUUUUGAUGAACUAGAAAUCUCUGUUUAUCUAGAGUUGUUUUAAAUAUAAAUAUUGGCGAUCUGCCUUUGUUUAUGAAACCACUGAACUUUUCUAGCUUUGGACAGUUUUUAUUAAACUUGUCUUCUGCUUUUAUCAAGCUAUAAUUGUUCAUUAAUGUUUUUUAGCUUUGUGAUUUAUUGUUUUGUUUUUUUUUGUUAAAGAAAUCAUAAAUUUUUCUUAGGGUUAAAAAGUCUCAAAACUUGUUGAAUAAUGGUAUAUUAUAAGUUAGUUGUUUAAAUCAUUUGGUUUUGUUUUGAAUUACUCCCUGAAAGCAAAAUUACUUUGUGCUGAUGCUUUUUUUUUUACUUUGAAUAAUGUAUAUCACAAUAUUAAAGGAAGAGGAAAAAAAAAAAAGAAAUAGAUUUUAGUUAAAAAGAAGAGAUGUAGAAUUGUUAAGCAACUUAUAAUCCUGAUCUGUACAAACAAUAUUACUAAUUCAAGAAAAUAAUUUAAGAAAGUCAUUUAGCAAAAUUUAUUUCAAAUGAAUUCACCCAUUGAGUUAGUUUCCUUGACCUAGAAAGCACAUAUUUUGUUUUAAAAUAUUUGUAUUAAAUUUAUCAUAGAAUUGUCAAUUAGUUCAUACAUGUUGAAAAUAUAAUAAUCCAUAAUUCUGAAAUGUUGGAUAAGAAGUUCACUGAUUCCUGCAUUUGUUUGGUCUAACAUCAAACUUGCACUAUGAUGAAUUAUUAAUUGUAAAUUAGGUUUUAAAUUUAAGAAUGUUUUAUCACAGAUAUUAAUUAUAUCAACCAGAAAUACUCCACAUUGUUUAGGCAAAAGCCUUUAGUCAUUAAUACUCAUUGUUUGCAACUCCAUACCUUUGAAAAUAAAAUGUUUUUGUAUUUUUUCUCUUCUAUUUGUUCCAUGUAUUGUUCAAUAUUUAAUUGCAAUACAUUUUCAAUGUUUAUUUAGUAUUGUAUAUGUUGAAAUUUUUUUUUUUUUGGUAAAAUGUUUUUUAGAAUAAAAUUAUUUUGUGCUCAA